AUGCGAUUCACAUCCUUACCCUCGGCCCUCCUGCUUGGACUUGCCUUGCACUUAGGAGUAGAAGGUGCAGGCUUGGAAGACAAAAAACCUAAGCCUGCGGACCCAUGUACAAUUUCAUCGACGACCGGAUCUUUUUUUGACUUGAGGCCAUUAUCAAUACAACCAUUAGAAGAAGGGAAGAAACCUGCCAAAAAUGCGAAGACGGAUAGUUGGCAUGCGAGGGGAUAUGAUUACAAAGGAAACUUCACACUGAAUGUAUGCGCGCCAGUGGUAGAGGAGGUGAAGGAAGUUGUUGGGAUCGACAAGAAUCAUUGGCAGAAUGUGAGCGCGUUCUACGAGUUUGAUGGAAAGAAGUAUUCUGUAGGACAACAGGCGGGGAAUUUAACACUCCGCGGGAGAAAGCUCGUUCUGGAGUAUACAAAUGGAUCACCGUGUGGAGCAAAGAACAAGAAACGGAGCUGGGACGAUGACGAUGAUGCUGACGACAAUAAAUCGAUACGUCGGAAAUCUAGCAUAAUAUCUUUCCACUGCGAGAAAGAUCCACUCGCCACGGCAUCCGCCUCAUAUGUAGGGACUGAUCCGGAAGAAUGCGCCUACUUCUUCGAAGUGCGUUCCCAAGCUGCAUGCGGAGGCUCCGAACCUGCCAAGCAGACAAUAGGACCCGGUGCUGUCUUCGCCAUCAUAGGAAUUAUUGCCAUUAUGGUAUAUUUCCUCGGUGGAGUCUUCUACCAACGAAAUGUCGCGCACGCAAGAGGGUGGAGACAGCUGCCCAAUUAUAGCUUUUGGGCUGGCAUAGGAAACUUCAUAAAGGUGAGCGGGCAAAAAUGUUUUAUGAGAUCGAAAUAUCAAGUCUUUCCCCGUGUAGCGUCCGUUAGGGAUGGCACGGCCAUUUUGCCGACUAUGGAAGAUAUUUUCACCAUCGCCACAUCAUCGUGUUCGAGAUGUCUACCUACGCACCGAGGUUACAGCGCUCUCAGUAUUUCGGCCAAUGGAAAUUCGGGGAAUGCGGGCAAUGAUGGGAGGGGUGGGAGUGGGAGGGAUAGGGGGGUUAGUGCGAAUGAGAGUGGGAGAAGACAUUCGGGAAGUGAGGAUGAGAAUCGCUUGAUUGAUCAGUUGGAUGAGGAGUGGGAUGAUUAG